ACAUACUUAAGCUGGACUGAUCCAGGCUACAUGACAAUCAUCAUCUACUUCCUGUCCGCUAUUCAUCCACUGUGUUCAUCUUGUCAAUUCCCAACACUAUUCUCCAAUGACUUUUGAUCUCGCACAUAUCCAUGUACCUGAUCUGACGGGAAUGGUCGCGAUCGUCGGCGAUCGCGAAUUCGGAAGGGGAAACUUUGCAGACGUGUGGAAGGGAACCUACUUCCAGGGUCAUAAACAAUAUAUCGUGGCGGUGAAGAUCUUGAGGUCAGCGUUUUUGUCAGGCCAGCGUCUUGCUGCGAAAACUAGACGGAAAAUUGCGCGAGAGGCAAAACUUUGGAGUACGCUAAAUCAUCCCAACGUUGCUCGAUUCAUCGGUGUGUGGUAUUAUCAAGAACCGGGAGGGUAUUGUACCCCCCGCAUAAUAUCAGUGUUUUAUGAGAGAAGAACCCUGAAAGACAAUCUGGGAAUUAUUCAGAGCGACCACCAGAGAUUGAAACUUCUUCACCAAUUCUUGUCUGGAUUAGCAUAUUUGCACCACAAGAAUGUCAUCCAUGGAGACAUCAAACCUACAAACAUUCUCCUCGACGACAAUUUUAAUGCAGUUCUGACGGACUUUGGCCUUUCCCGCGUCCUCGAAGCUGCUGGUUUCACAACGACGAGCACACAAGCGCCUGGCACGUUUCGUUACAUGGCGCGCGAGUUGAUGAAUCCCCCAUCACAUUCGACAAAAGCACCACUACCCACCAUGCAAUCAGACAUCUGGUCGGCAGGCAUGACGGGCCUAGAGAUUUUAUCUGGCGUCGUGCCCUAUGCCGACAAGCAGGGGGAUAGCGAGCUAAUCUAUUACAUUUGUCAAAGAUGGGGAAGACCCAACAAGGCUUUUUACCCUCGAGUAUCACCUGCGCAAUGGACAAUGCUGGGUGCUUGCUGGCAAGACGCGGGGAUGCGGCCGGCUGCAUCCCAAUUUGUACAGCACUUGGAUCACCACUAUCCAGGCUUGCAGUGAGCCACUCUGAAUCUGUCACAUGCAGAUAAAGCACUGUCCUUCCCUACAACAAGUUAUAACAUGGACUUGACAAACAAUACCACAGUUUCGGCUUUGUGCCAGUAGUGACUCCGUCGUCUUCUACAUAUAUGUAGAUACAUAAUACCCUUCCCUAUGUACACAGGUUAUAAUAUGGACUUGUCGAAUAAUACUACAGUUUCGGCUUCGCGCCAAUGGUGACUCCGUCGUCUUCUAAGAUCGACUUCGCCAACCGACCAACCACAGGGAAAAAGUGUGGGUGAAUAUAAGCUUUUUCCGAGCUCGCCUGCCGCCGCGCAUAU